AUGAAGCGCCAGGAAAGCCAUGAACAGUUCAAGCUCCGUCUUUUGUGCCGCAACCGUCAGGGUUUGGACAAGCUCAAGGAAAUGGGUGCCGAAAUCAAGGAGGUCAACUAUGAAAACGAAAAUGAAAUCCGCGAAGUGUUCCACAAUGUCAAGCUCUGUAUGAUCAUCCCUGAGUUCUCCCACAAGCGUGUCCAAGAGGGUGAAAACGUCAUCAAGGCCUGCAAGCAGCAAAACGUAGAAUAUGUUGGCAUGUUCUCCCUCAUUGGUGUUGACCGAUGCCAGGAACAGGGUACUGGUGAAUGGAAGCACAUGAAGCAAUACCGUCAACUUGAACAAAAGAUCGAAGAGCAGUUCAAGGAGAAGCACUGGAUCGUCCGCCACCCCGUGUAUACCCAGAUCUUCUACUACUUGGCUCCCAUGGUUGAGGGACAGAACGUUCUCCCAUUGCCCGUCAAGAAGAACGCCAAGUGGGGUUGUAUCGAUCUCCAUGACGUCGUUGGUGCCAUGGUUCAACUCAGCAAGCGUCACGACAAGAGCUCCAUCUUCAGUGGUGAACGCAAGUUGUGGCAAUUCACUCCCAAGCAAAACUUCAGCAGUGAAGAAUUAUGUCGCCAGAUGGCGCAGGGUCUUGGCCGCGACGAAAUGCAGUACCGUGAAACCAAGCCCAACGAGACCAAGGAAUACCUUACCAAGAUGCGCGAAGACAAGCGUUUCAAGGAACGUCCUCAGCAGCACGAAUUGGCCGGCGAAAGCGACAAGCCCUACACUUUCCCUCUUGGCAAGUACUUGAACGAGGUGUGCAUCGAAACCAUCAUUGAAUGGUGGCAGUUGGCCAACGAAAACAAGGUUGAUAUCACCACCAACGACUUGCAAGAAGCUCUUCAACGCCAGCCCACCGAAGUUCUCGAGUUCUUCAAGAACAACCGCGACAACUUCCGUCGUCUUCGUUAA